GCUUAAUGGUGAGGAAAGUAAGCCAUAAAGAAGACUCGAAAAAAUCAAUGUAGAGGGAGAGGAGAGGAGAAGAGAAAAGAGAGAGGAGAGAAGAGAGAGACAGAAACUUGGAGUAUUCUAGAUUAAUUGAUUUGACCCAGGCGAAUGGUAUUCUCUCAUUUUUUUUAUUAUUUAGGUCGGGAGGUAUCUAGAGAAGAGAGGGUUGGUUAUGUACAGCUGGUUUUCUAUUUUUCCUUAUGUCUUGCCACCCUUCUUCUACAUCUCCGUUCCUUCAUCCGUCCAAGAAACACGUCUUGGUGGGGAGGACAUGGCACUUUCAUUGAGAGGAGUUGCGCGAAGGCAUGCAAAAGAAAGGCAAAGCGAGGAAAAAAAGGAUGGAAAAGGGCAUUAGUUGGGACUUCUUCCACCCCUCGGCCUGAAGAACAAUCAACUUUUACCCACACUUCGGUUUUUUAUUUCCAUACAGCUUGAUUCCCUUUUGGAGAAAUAUGCUUGUCUGUUAGCUCUAAUGAUUUGUUCAGAAUUUAAGUAUCAAAGGCAGCGGCCGAGAAGGGUAAUAUCGUUACACAAGCUAUGCAAGCACUUAUGCCACCUUCCCAAUAUGGCCAGAGUUGA